AUGCCGACUUGCUACGCAACUGCAAAACUGUCUAUUCUUUGGCUUCUCAAUAAUUCGAUCUCACUCAAGAGCUUUCGGAAAGUCGUGCGCGCCCUUACAAUUAUUGUCCUAUGUUGGUGGGUUUCGACCAUCUUGCUUGACACAUUUAUCUGCUUUCCCAUCAACUCAAGGUGGAAUCCGAACGUCAAAGGAACUUGCAACAACAAAGUCGUCCAAGUCGAGUAUUUUGCCACACCAAUUCCCUGGAUAAUAACCGAUUUCGCUAUUCUAAUCGUCCCGUUGCCAGUUCUGUGGUCAAUGAAACUGUCUCGAGCACGGCAGAUUGGCCUAGUGGCGCUGUUUGGGGUUGGAAUUGCGUGA